GUGCUGCUGGAGCUCGCGGGCGCGCCCGAGGGCGCCCACGGUUGCGGGCCGAGGCGGCUGGGGCCGCUCCAGCUGGAGGCGAAGCCGCUGCUGGUCGGGCCCAGGCACCAGCCGGAGUUCUUUCGCAACCUCCUGCCGUUCCUCCCUGCUGGCACCGCCGAGGGGCCCCCGCACCUCUUCUGCCUGGCGUUCCUGGGUGAGGAGCGCUGGCUCUUCGCGGUGGUGCCGCUGCUGCUGAUCCGAGGCGACUCGACCCAGGUCACGCUCGACAGCGACGAGCUCGCAGUCAUCAGGCCUGGAGACAGGCACUCUGCUUCCAGCUGGCUCAAGUGGGAAACGACUCAGGGCACCUCGAUCUCGCUGAGCUGGCUCCUCAGGAGAGCGCCGGAGCGCUGCCUCACGGCUUCGGCCCCCGCCCGCCGCCAGGGCACGUCCGUGGCCGCCGCCGUGCCCUCUCGGACCUCGAGGAGCGCGGGGCGCGGCGGGCAGCUGCCCGCCCCCGUGGGCACGCGGCUGCCGGCGUGGGUGCGCCAGAGCCGCUUCGGCGGCCCACCGCUCGCCAGGACCCAUGGUGAGCGACACCACGAGACGGCUCCGCUGGCGCGGACGUUCGGGCGCAAGCUGCCCGCGUAUGAGUCAAAGCGUUCAAAACAAAUCACCAUCGAGCACUUCGAGAGCAGGAAAGAGAUCUCGAGCGGCCACGACGACAUCGUUUACGAGACCGUGCUGCUGUGUUUGUUGAAAGUGUCAGAGGCGGACACCGUCAUCCAGAACGACGGACAGGCCGUCUUUGGGAACUUGCAGGCCUUUGGCGCCGUCACAGGUUGCUUCCAGCACGACUGCCAGGUGACAGAUAAGUUGGCAGUGAGCUCCAUUGAGGCCUGCCCGCAGCUCUGCCUCUCCCUGCCGGAGUGCCGCUACUGGGUCUGGGGCCGGGAGGACCGGGCCGCGUGCCGCCCGCGGCGCCGCACGUAA